AUGCAACUUGAGGGAACUCGUCAGUCACUUUGCUAUUUCUACUUUACCUUCGUAAGUAGUUGCACGUUUAUAUUGUACCAGUUAUCAGCAUACAAUGACUACACAGAACUAAGAAACAUGAAAAGACGGACGAUCAUCGGUAUAGUGCUUGGAUUGCUCGUCGCCGCCGCUCUAAUCGCGGUCAUUGUAGUAGUCGUCCAAAACAAUAACACCUCUAGUCAGCACGAUAGAAACUUCUGUGAACUACUAGUCAUAGCUCACCGUGGUGCCAGUGGCUAUGUCCCGGAACACACUCUAGCCGCCUAUGCAGUGGCAGCUACAAUGGGUGCAGACUACGUUGAGCCUGAUGUCGUAAUGACUAAAGAUGGGCACCUAAUAGCUAGACAUGACAACGAGCUUGGCCUAACAACAGACGUUUCUCAACGUCCCGAAUUCGCCUCCCGUCUUCGUACACAAUCCGUCGAUGGCAAUAAUGUAACUGGAUGGUUUACUGAAGACUUCACUUUAGAAGAAAUAAAAACGUUACGUGCCAUUGAACGGAUACCUAAAAUAAGACCUGGUAAUGCGAGGAUGGACUAUGCUUUUGAAGUCCCAACUAUGGAAGAGAUAGUUAAUUUAGUUAAGGGAUUGGAGAUUAGUUUAAAACGACCAAUCGGUAUAUACCCGGAAAUUAAACAUCCCACCCACUUUCAGCGUUUAGGACUACCCAUGGAGAGGCCUCUCGUAAAUCUGCUACAUCUUAAUGGCUACCAUGGUCCAGAAGCACCAAUUAUCAUCCAAUCUUUUGAAGUAAGCAACUUAAAAAUACUAAAGGAGAUUACUGAUAUUCGAUUAAUUCAACUGUUGGCAGCACCAUCUACACGUCAACCGUUUGACCAAAACCUGCUCGGUACUGGUCUCACUUACAGUCAAAUGGCUACUGCUGAAGGAUUGCGUGAAAUAGCAUCAUACGCUCACGCGGUCGGACCAGAUAAGCUUUAUAUUUUACCUCGUGAAGGUAAUAACACCCUGGGAAGAUUAACUACUUUUGUAGUCGAUGCCCACGCAGUUGGUCUGAAGGUUCACCCGUAUACGUUCCGGUCAGAAAACGAAUUCUUACCAACUGAAUUUCAAAGUGAUAAUUCUUCAGCUGAUGCUCUCGGUAAUGCUGAAGGAGAAAUAAGAGCUUUCCUCAAUGCAGGAAUAGAUGGUCUCUUUGCUGACCAGCCAGAUGAUGCUGUACGUGCUCGCAGUAACUUGGGCUACUGUCAGGAAUGA